CGGAAAGAAGCGUCAUCCUUUCUGAUGUAGAGCGGCACGGCGGCCUUUCUUUGCUGCUCUACGUUUCCCUUGAGCUGUCCUUUCUUGUCCCCGUUAUUCAGCUCUAAAUUUCUCCAGCCAUGACUCGAAAGUCGCUAAUUCUCGCCGCUUGCCUGCUGCUUCUGGCCACCGCGGGCUUGGAGGUUUCAGCGGACGGUUUGGUGAACGAGGAGGUAAAGAGGACAGUGGACCUGGGGAGUCAUCUGGCCAAGAUCACCGCGGAGAUCGUCCUGUCCAACCAGGGAAACUCUGCCGUCCACAGCUUCCUAUUAGCGGUGGAGCCUGACCUGGCCCCGCACUUGGCGUACAUCGGAGCUUCGGUGAAGGGUGAUGAGGAGGAGGAUGGGACACUUGAACUUCAAAAGGCAUCAACUCCGGGCCAAAGUGGUAUUUUUUACAAAGUGCAGCUGCCCUCCAGUCUGGCAGCAGGGGCUCAAGUAAAAGCCAAGGUGGAAAUGACGUUGAGCCACGUCCUGAAGCCCUUCCCCACACACAUCACGCAGGCUGAGCGCCAGCUGGUGGUCUUUCAGGGGAACCACUACAUGUACUCCCCCUAUCCCACCCGCAGCCAGACCACCCGAGUCCGCCUGGCCUCCAAGACUGUGGAAACCUACACCAAGCUGGGUAACCCCAGCAAGAACGACGAGAUCAUUGAGUACGGACCUUUCCGUGACGUGGCGCCGUUCAGCGAGGAUACGAUGAAGAUCCAUUACGAAAACAACUCGCCCUUCCUCACCAUCAGUAGCAUCGUUCGAACCAUUGAAGUGUCUCACUGGGGUAACAUUGCUGUAGAGGAAACUAUCGACUUGAGGCACACCGGGGCCGUCCUGAAGGGGCCGUUUUCGCGCUACGAUUAUCAGCGGCAGUCAGACAGCGGCAUCUCAUCUGUGAAAUCCUUCAAGACUAUCCUUCCUGCCUCCGCUCAGGACGUCUACUACAGAGAUGAGAUUGGCAACAUUUCCACCUCCCACCUGCAGGUUCUGGAUGAUUCAGUGGAGGUGGAGGUCAGGCCUCGCUUCCCCUUGUUCGGAGGCUGGAAGACCCACUACAUCAUCGGCUACAAUCUGCCCAGCUACGAGUACCUUUACACUCUGGGUGACCAGUAUGCACUGAAGAUGAGACUGGUUGACCAUGUGUAUGACGACCAGGUGAUCGAUUCCCUUACUGUGAAAAUCAUCCUGCCAGAGGGAGCCAGAAACAUCCAUGUGGAUACACCGUACAAGAUCGAUCGCAUGCCAAACCAGCUGCACUAUACGUAUCUGGAUACGUUUGGCCGGCCAGUGCUGAUCGCCACAAAGAACAACCUAGUGGAGCAUCACAUUCAGGAUGUUGUGGUUCAUUAUAACUUCAACAGGAUCCUGAUGCUGCAGGAGCCUCUCUUGGUUGUAGCGGCCUUCUACAUCCUCUUCUUCACAGUCAUCAUUUAUGUCCGCCUGGACUUUGCCAUCACAAAGGACCCCGCGGCUGAGGUGCGCAUGAAGGUGGCCUCCAUCACCGAGCAAGUGCUGACUCUGGUCAACAAGCGCCUGGGUCUGUUCCGGCACAUGGACGAGGUGGUCAACCGCUACAAGCAGUCCCGCGACACCGGGGCGCUCAACAGCGGCCGGAAGACCCUGGAGGCCGACCACCGCGCUCUCACCGUCGAAAUCACCUCGCUGCAGGCGCGCCUCAAGGCCGAGGGCUCCGACUUGGCCGAGAAGGUCGCGGAGGUGCAGAAGCUGGACGGACAGGUGAAAGAGCUGGUGUCCCGCUCCUGCCAGGAGGCCGAGCGGCUGGUGGCGGGAAAGGUGAAGAAGGAAGCGUACAUCGAGAGCGAGAAGACUCUGACCGCUAAGAGACAGGAGCUGGUCGGGCGCAUCGACAGUCUGCUGGACGCCCUCUAAACCAGCCGCGACGCAUCAGCACGCAUUAACAGACACACACACUAUCCGACUGUUUGUAUGAAUGAGAGUUAAAGGAAAUGUGACAGAAAUGCUCACUUUUUCUUUUUUUUUCUUUCUUACUGUCUUUGAACCCAGUCACGGACAGUUAACAUCUUCUGGUAGUGAUGGGUUUAUCCAAACAUGUGUGUGCCUUGUGGUAAACUUGAGGUCACUGCGCGCUCAAUUUUACAGCACAGAAGUCACAACUUUUGGCUUUUUUUUGUUUUGUUUUUUGUUUGUCUACUUUUGAGUUUGUUGAGCUACAUUUAAACUUUGUCACAGUGCUCACAAGUGAGACCUGACUGUUCAAAUCUGAAACCUUUUUUUCUUUUCUUUUUUUUCUUCCCCUCUUAAUGAUGUAUGGCUAUGGGACUUUUAUUUUGGAAACUAAUAGGAGAAGGGCCCAAGUGUUUCCGUUCUCAUGUCUUUACUCUCAUCGGCCGUACUCUAAGGUUGAAUCUCUAGCGCUCAAGUAUUAAGGAGAUCUUCAUUCAACCACGUCUCUUAUGCACUUACAACCUUUUUUUCUACGCACCCACAACUGACGUUUAUAUUUUAACAAAUUUGAAGCUCUGAUUCCACGCCGUCUCAAAUGUUUGUUUUUGAUCAUCAGUCAUAUUUUCUACAUUUUGUAUGAUUUUUGUUUCGUAAGUCGUGUUUUUGACCAUGAGAUUAGUGAAUACAUGAGAUUAGGUUGCAUGCGAGUAAAGACAUGAGAGAUGGGACGCCGGUUGGGGGCAAUGCUGUGGAAAGCUGUCAAAUUUGAAAUAAAGUGUUGAUAAAUUCA